UUUAUCACCCUUUCUUGGCAGAACGGGAGACAAAAGGCAAAUGGCUACUUUGCAGCACUUCACACAUCUACAUCAUCCGCUAAAGAAAAUUUCGGAGGAGAAGGAGUUCAAAUGUGAUGGCUGUGAAAGAUUAGGCAUUGGGCAGAGAUACCAAUGUCAGGAAUGCAGUUUCAAUCUGCAUACGCAUUGUGGCCAUUGUCCUGCUGAUCUUACCUCGUUUAUGCACCCGAAACACCGACUUCACUUGGCCUUAGUGCAAAGGGCACGAGCCACAUUCUCCAAUGACCACACCUGUGAAGUAUGUGGGGAGAGUGUAGGGGGGCUAUUCUAUCAAUGCAAGCGGUGUCAAAUUUAUGUUCACCCACUUUGUAGCCAAUUGCCUCAAUAUGUGCACUAUGUGGCAGAUGUAGGGCACAGUUUAGAGCUACAGCAUCAAGAACAAUCUAGUUCUUGCACAGUUUGUGGGGUACAGUGCAACCACUGGUACUACAAAUGUGGCAUGUGCCCUGUAGUCCUUCAUAUAGACUGCCUAUUAUCAAUGCUUCUACCCCUAAGGUCAACCUACCGCUUACCUUCAUCAUCACAGAAAAAAAGGUCAACAGCUGCGACUUGGUGGUGGUACUGUGCAGCUUCUGUUCUAGCUUUGCAAUUAAUUUACCUCGUAAUGAAAUUCUGA